AUAAAAUAAAACGUAUUUUGCAGUGAAGUAAAUGUGUGACUCUUUAAGAAAAAAAAAACGUCAAACGCCACUUAACUCAAUUCAUAGAUUGCAAUCUUUGGAAGAUGUUUAACAGAAUGAUUACAAGUUACAAAAUAACAGUAAUUUAAAAUGAUGUCAUCGUUGGCAACGUCGACAUAUCCUCGAAUAGAUCAUCGAACUGUGCUAAAAAAUCUGCAGAUAGAAACAAACACUAAAGACAACAACAGCGCUAACAACAACACCUGUAAAGAUAUAAUAAUAACAGACGUCGUUGUCUUUAACCCAAUUAGCAAAACAAUAGAUAACAACAAAACAACUGCACCAGCUGACACAAAACUAUCCAAACAUACUUCUUUACUACCGUUACCAAUCUCCUCUUGUUCCUCAACUAGGACAUAUAUACUACCAAGAUCCAAUAAUUUAGCAACCUUAGCGCCCAAAACAAAAAUACCAUAUCCUUUGGCAACACUUUGGUCGCCAACGAAUCAUCAACAAAAACAUUACAAUUUCAAACGUUCCUCUUCAGUGCGCUUGCGUGGUACAAAAUCAAAUUUACCACUCAUCAUGGAACCAACCAUAAAUGAAACAACGACUACGACGAAUGCAUGCACUGUAAAUGAGGAGAAAUGCAGCAACAAUAACAGCAAUACCAGUAAAAACACCCACGAAACAACAACUACGGCUAUUGCGACCGGUGGACUACAAUUCAGUACUAGACGAAAGCUGGCAUUAAUCUCACAAACGGACGCUAAUGUGGCGGAACCCACAUUAAUCAAACGGUCACUGUCGUUGCGUAGAAAUUUUAAAGUUUCCACAAAUAACAAUAAUAUUAAUAAUAAUAAUAACUCUAGUUGGAACAACAAAACGGAUUCCUCAAAAGAUAAAAUAUGUGUGGCAGCGAAUAUAAAAUCUUCAUCAUUACAUGAUGUAGCCAAAACAAAAGAUCAAGGUGAUGGUCUUAAGACUUCAUCAAAAUCAACAUUAACAACAUCGACAACAACUCCUACUCCAACAACAGCUACGGGAGUUGACAAACAAACCUCAACUUCAACAGCUGUGGAAAAUGUUAAAGAUUUAAGCAAAAUGUCUUUGAAUCAUAACGGCGUAACAGCACAUAUUGAUACGUCAGCAGCAACAACAACAACAACGACAGCAGUAGCAGCAAACGCAUCUGCAACAUCAACAGUUACACAGCAAACACGACCUUUAACAUUGACCACCACAACAACAGUCUCAUCAUCAUCAUCAGCAGCAGCAGCUGGAAUUUCAAAAGGACUUAAAUCACCAAAAAGUCCUCAUACCGGUAAUCAUAUAAUAACUACUUCUACGCCCAUCACUGGUACGCAUUCUCAUUGUCAACAUAAUCAUACAUCUUCGUCGUUGUGCAAAACAUCACCGGGCUCAAAGUUAACGCCCAAAACACCACCAGUGACACCAGAUUCGCCUACAACCUAUUUGGAUGAUGAUUUAGAUUCUUUAUUCUCAUACGGUACCACUACAUCAGGACGUUCGACAAUGUCUUGUGAACAUCCCUAUGUGGCUAGAAAUGGCACCACUUUUAGUGGUCGUAAAAUGAAAUAUGUGGUACAUUGUUCAAACUAUGCCGGCCAGGUGGGUGCCGAUUAUCUAACGCCCACCCAGAGAGCUCAACGCCAAUUGAGGCGUCUUAAAGAACUUCUCUGUGCCGCACGUCAAGAUCUUGAGCAAAAAGAUUCGGAAAUUUUACGUCUCACACGUGAAGUGGUCGAAUUGCGCUUAUUCAAAGCCUCGCUUAGUUCGCCAGAAGAACGUUCAGCUUCUAGCGAUGCUGUCACCGUGCGUGAAGCCGAACUUAAAACUUCUCAGGAUGUUUCACCCAUUGUCGAUAUGGUCGAUGAUGCACAGAAAACAUCAAGCCCUCGUCAUCAUGCUCAUACCCCUUCAGUUAUGCUACAUCAGCAACAUUUGCCACAAAGCUCUCUACACCAUCAGCAUCAGAACAUGUUGCAUUUGUCAUCCGACAUGCAAUCAUCCUUUGCCGAUUCGGGACAUUUUGAAGAUAUGACCUCUUCUUCAGUACAUUCCAAAGACUCGUCAUCGUACACACCCUCACUGCAUACACACGAUCAGGCUUGCGGCAGCGAGGCAGCCUCCUGUUCGCCCAAUGCAUCGGCAGCUUCGGCCGCCACAGUCGAACAGUACGAAUUACAGCGUCAAGAGUUAAUUCGUUUGUACGAACAACGUAUUGAGGAUUUGAUACGUAAUCAGGAUGCUGCCACUAGCGAAAUGAAACGUACUAAUUGUGAUCGUAUUGAGGCUUUGUUGCAAAAGUUAGCCGAAUGCAAUACACGUUAUGCUGACAUUGUGCCCGACUACGAACACGCUAAAGAGCGUAUACGUGAGUUGGAAAAACAAUUGGAAGAGUUGCAGCGCCGUUUGGCCGAACACGAAGAGAAACAGAAACAAAUGUAUUUGCAUAUGUAUCAGAAGGGCCAAGAAUCGGAACGUAUUGCUCGAGCUGAUCAGGCUUUAGAAUUGGCACACCGAGCACCACAGAAUAAAGUAUCGAUCAAUGAGUUGCUGCAUCAAUUGCAAUCCACCCAGGAUGAAUUGGAAAACAUACGUGCAGCAGAAUGUAGAAAUGAAUGCGGCAAUAAUCAUGCUCUCCUUACUGCAAAAGAGGCAAUUUCUUUGUGGGUACUCGGCGCGCGUAAGACCAUUUAUCGCCGUUUAUUGGAAGCGCAAAAGAAUCGCACUCAUGUGGAUCCCGAAGUUACUUUACAAUUCCUAAAAAGUGCUGUUUACUAUUUCCUUACCGACAAGGAAAACUCCCAGGGUCAUUUGCAGGCCAUCGAAAGUAUUUUGGAAUUUAGCGAAGCCGAAAAACAGACCAUUAACAAGGCAAGAUUUAGCAAAUAAUUUCAAAAGAUAAUCUACUUUAAAUAAAUUAUACAAAAAUAUUUUAAAAUAUUAUUAUUAACAUCUAGUUAAACUAUUAAUUAAUUAUUUAAGUAUUUAUUUUAAUUAUUAUUAUAAAUAUCAUUAUUUCUUUUGUAUGACAUUAUUAUUUCCCUUUAUGUUUGUCUCAAUUUGUGUGUUGUGUUUUGAAAAAAAGACCUCGUCAAGUGUUUGUGUUGCCAAGGGAAUGUUGAGUGAAUCUUAAGUUUUUAUUAAGUUUCCUUUUUUUCUAAAUUUUAACAAUUUUAUUGGAUUUUUUUGUUUUGAAAAAUGUUUUAUUUAAUUAAAAUUGUUUUAUUUGAAAAGGAAACAACAUCUGUUGAGUAUUUGCGGUAUUUAUUUUGUAACUUUUUUAAUAACUCCAAAUACUCUGCCGGCCCUUUUAGUUAGGCUUAUCAUGGAGUUUAAGGGGUUAAGAAACUGGCAAAAGGUUUCGCAUUUUUAAGCUGAAGCUCUGAACUUUAUGACAAUAUUAUUAUUAUGCAAAACUGGGACCGAAAAACCACAGUUCUGGUGCACUUUUAGUUCAGAUCUAGUUCGGUUCUAGUUCAGUUCUAGUUCAGUUUUAGUUCAGUUCUAGUUCAGUUCUAGUACAGUUCUAG